GGUGCUCCGCUAUCCAUGCCUGCAAAUCAAGGCCAGCCUAUGGAUACAACCUCAAGAUAUGCUCCACCAGCAAUGGCAUAUGCAUCUCCAAAUGCAACCCUUUCCACUCUCCUGCCCUACAGCGGCGCACAACCACCCCCCGCACCUCCUUACUCCGGCACCACUACUUACCCUGCCCCGUCUCCUUACACGAUGUGCCCUCCGAAUCCAGGUACCCCAUUUCCAGCUCCUUACAUGACAUGCCCUCCGAAUUCAGCAGCCCCAUCUCCAUCUCCAUGCACUACAUACCCUCCGAAUUCAGCAACAUACCCUCCACCUUAUGCAAUGUACCCUCCAAAUUCAGCAACACCUGCACCUUAUGCAACAUACCCUCCUAAUUCAGCAUCACAAUCCCCUUACACAACAUACCCUCCAAGUUCUGCAGCACCAUCUCCUAGUUCUGCAUAUCCCCCGCACCCAUCUCCUCCUGCAGGCUACCCUUCACAACCAUAUCCGUCCCCGCCUCAAGCCACAAGUUAUCCACCAGCUGCAAAUUCUGGGAGCUACCAACCGCCUCCAUUUCCUGCAAUGUACACACAACCUCCAUCUACAGCAAUAUAUCCACCGCCCCCAUACUGAUCGAUCCUCUGUGCCAGCUAUUAAUGCAGAUCGAACUUGUUCUCGUGGAGAAAAUAUAGGUCGAAAAUCCAAGAGUUCUUCAGACAAUUCAUGUUCCUGAAUGUUGUCAAAGAAUAUCAAUCAGGCUCUGCAUUAGUUUUCAUUUGUGUCAAAUAAUAGCAAUCACUGAUCUUUGGAUAGUGAUCACCUCUUUUUGGCUAUAGAUUAAGCAUAGCACUAUGGCUUUAUGAUGAA